AUGAAUGAAAUUCGUCAAUUAUGUACAACAUCUUCAUCACCUGGUAAACAUCUUGAUGAAAUUCUUGCACUUUUUCAUGCAUGUCCACCACAACAUCUUCUUUCAUCAUUAUCACUUAUUGGUCAAUCAAUAUCAUGUAUGUCAAUUGAACAAUUAGAUAUAAAUAUAAUAAAUCAUCAAAUAUUUCUUAUUAUACGACAAUGGUCUGAACGUUUACUUCAAUUAUGGUUAAUUAAUGGUACAUUAAAUGGUAAUGAAUAUCGAGCAAUGUUUUAUAUUCAUCAAUUAUUUAAACUUUUAUCUGAAUGGUUAAUUGAACAAGAUAAUUUAAUAUUAAAUAAUAAAAAUAAAGAAUUAAUUAAAACUACUAUGAAUAAUUUAUUUCUUGAAGAAAAUUUUCUUAAUACAUUAUGUCGUGUUAUUAAUCAAUUAAUUAAAACUGAAAAUGAUGAACAACAUAGUUUAGUAACAAGUCAUUUAUCUGAUGAUGAAGAUCAUCUAUCACCUGAUGAUAUUCAACUUCAAACUGAAACAUCCGAUAUACAAGCUGAACAAGCCGAUGUAAUUGAUGUUUUAUUUCGUUGUGUAAAUUGUUUACUUAAUUUAUAUAGUCAUCCAAUUUUAAUAAAUAAUUCAAUUAUUCACAAAAUUUUAACACCAUGUAUAAUAAAUUGUCUUAAUAGUUCAUUAUUUAUACAACUUUCAACAGAAUUUUUACGUCAAAAUAUAACAAGUGAUAAAAUAAAUAUACGAUCAAUAUUUCUUUUAUUUACAUGUCUUGAUUAUUGUACAACAUCAACUAAAAUAACAUCAACAUUACAAUUAUUACCAUUAAUAAAUAAAAUUCUUCAUAUUUGGUGUGAAAUACCACAAAAUUCUGAUGAUGAUAUAUCAUUAUUAAUUAUUCAUCUUAUUGCUUUUAUUAAUCAAUUAGUAUUAAUAAAUAAAGAAGCAAUUAUACGAGAAAAUCUUUGUGCAUCACUUUUACCACAUUUUGAAAUAUUAUGUCAAACACCAAAUUUAAUUGAUGAUAUUGCUUCAUUACUUAUUAUAAUAUGUUCAACAAAAAAUGGUAAACGACAUUUACGUCAUUUAGGUUUUGUACAACAUAUUUUAUAUGAAACAAAACGUUGUAUUCAACUUUGGCAUCCAUUAGCACUUUUAAUAACUCAACAUGAUUUAUAUCAAACAUCACUUUUUAAACGACUUAUUCAUUUAUUAAUACAACGAACUAUAAAUGUAUUUCAAUCAUUAGCUACAACAUCAAAUGAUACAUCAUUUGAUUCAAUAUCACCAUCAUCAAAAAAUCAAAUUGCUAUAGCAGCUAUUGAAUGGUUUGUUUUAUUACGUACAAGUUUUUUAUCAUUUACAAUGAUUGUUGAUGAAUUAAUUAAUUCAACAAAAAAAGUUAAUCUUAUAAAUAUGUUAAUUGAUACAAUUUUAUUUGUACAACAAGAUGAUGAUAUUUUACCAAAAUUAAUUGAUGUUAUGAUUGAACUUUUAUGGACUUUUUCAUUUAGUACAUCAACAAAUAUUCAUAAUAAUUUACAAAAACAUAUUGAUUUAUGUCGAUGGUUAAAAACAAAUAUUACAGAUUCAAUUCUAAGUAUACGUAUUGCAUCACAGGCAAUUCUUUUUAGUUUAGAUUCAAAUAAUAAAAAUACAAUUCGUACAACACUCAGUCGUGGUUGUUCAAUUCCAAAAAAUAUUCUUAUUUGUAUGUUUAAUGCUGAUGAAUCUCAUCAUGAAUUAUGUAUAACACUUCGUGAUCGUCUUCAAAUUGAACAACAAUAUACAGUUAAACUUAUUAUAACUUCAACAUGUCAAUCAAUUGAUUCAUUAAUUCAUUUAAUUAAUCGUUCAUCAAUAUGUCUUUUCUGUGCAAGUACACAAAUGAAAUAUGAUAAUUUAUCACAUUUUAUUUAUCAUUAUAUAUUAAUUCAAGCUUUUAAAAUUCCAUUAUUAACAAUUCUUAUUGAACAUGAAUGUGAACUUGACGGAAAUUGGCUUGAAAAUAUUCCAAUUAUCGAUAUACAAUCAAUUCUUAAAGAAAUUCAACGUUAUUUAAAUCCUACUGAUGAUAAUCAUACACGUUUAUCAAGUCGAACAAGUGUUGUUUCAUCAAUUAGUCGUAUAUAUAAUACAAAUUCAGAUGAAAUACGAAAUCAAACAUAUAGUUAUAUGCAUCGUCCGGUAUCCUAUUGGUCUUCAGAUGAUGUUAGUCAAUGGUGUGAAACAACACAAAGUAAUUUUGAUACAUUACGACCAUUAGUUACACGUUUGAAUGGUUCAGCACUUGUACAUCUUGCUGAAAUUAUAUCAAUUGAACCAGCAUCUAUGUAUCAUAGUUUAAAUAAUGAACUUCAACAACGAACUGGUAUUAGUGUUCCAUUAACAGAAUAUGUUUCAUUAAAAAGUGAAUUACAACAUUUACUUAAAAAUAAACAAAAUGAACAUAUUAUAUUAAAUUCUAUAGAAAAUAAUUUAAAGAAAAAAAAAUGUAAACAUAGUCGUUUUUGUACUCUAUUUUAA